AUGGAAAACCAACAUCAGCAACCAUCAACACGGUCUGCGUACGACAUGGAAACCCAGGAAUCCAGAUUUGCCAAACAGAGGUCAUCAGUCAGGUGGCUGCUCUCGAAAGCGUACAACAAUCGUGUGCCAGAAAUUCUGAAGGAUCCGUUCUACCGCGACCAUGAAGGUCAGGAUCAUCUGAAACCGCAGAUCGUGGUCGGGCUCGGCAAUGCGUCGAUCUACUGUCAGGUGCUGAGCAACAUCUACUCCGAUCCGAACUACCAGAGCCUGAAUCACUGGUCGAUUCUGCAAACGCUGUCCCGGAAAGGUGUCCCCCUGAACGAGUCGUCUGAUCAGCCCCUCACCGAGACAGUACUCAUACAGACGAAUCCUCUUAGAAUUAAUGCACAUAUGACUGUGAUAGAAGCGCUGAUGGUGUUAUACGCUAAAGAGGUGGCUUCCAGUGGAAGAAUUUCCAGUGCUUUAGAGAGAAUAUCUGGCCGUAGUGUAGCGCCAACGGUUCAGCAUCAUGAAGCUGCCUUACUGAAUUGGAUUUCGCACGUCUGCGGUGCGUUGAAGAAACGCAUUGACUACGAAAUGACUUCCAACGGAGGCAGUGGAACCGUGGACGAAUACGGUCAACGGCACCAAAGCCCGGACGUUCCACCUGUACGAGACUUUCGUGAACUGUGCGACGGUGUUUGCCUGGCUUAUCUAAUCUCGUAUUACUGUCCCAAACUAGUUCCUUGGCAUAGCGUUAAAUUCAACCACGUACCAACUAUUGAGGAUUCCAUUCACAAUAUUCUGAUAGUUAGUAACUUUUCCGAGCGAAGUUUGCCAUACACCGUGUUUCACAUGUCUCCAGAAGAUAUAACCUAUAUGCGAGGAUCAAUGAAACAGAAUCUGGUAGUGCUGUUAGCGGACUUGUUCAACCUUUUCGAAAUCCAUCCGGCCAAAUGUGUUUGCUAUCCUGGCAUGGAACAGCAGUCACCAGACGCAACUGGAGCCGGUGCAACUAACGAGCAUGGCAUUGCCCAUCGGCGAGGCUUCGCGAAUCAACCGACGAUCGCGGCCAUUCCCGAUUUGCGUCCCGGGCUCGACUCGCCACCGAGCAGCAGUGGCGGCAGCGGUACCAGCAGUGCUGGCGGUGGUAGCGGUGGCGGCGGUGGUAUUGGCUGCAACAGUACCAGCGGCAAUGGUGCCAUUAAUCGGCCCCCGUUUCAAGUCAAUCGGUCACCAUCGGCCAGCACACUCAGGAAGCAUAUCUCCACACGGGAAAUUCCAGAACAACACCAACCACAUCAGCUGUACCAGCAACAGCAAUCACCGUACCAGCAGGCGGCGGAUCCCGAUGAAGGAUUUAUCGUACACCGAAGCAAAGGAGUGCCAACAUUAUCCUCAAUGCAAGAACCUCUGGUACCGGCCAGAAUUAGACAAGCCAAGGAAAAGACGAACAAUGAUUCGAAAGCAGAGGAACGAGGUGAUAGCAUCCCGGCAGGGCGGCCGAGCAAUUGGGAAGAAUCGCGCAAAACCAGUUUCUCAGGACGACGUUCACGGCGCAAUUCCUUCAGUGAUGAUUCACAACUGACGAUUGAAAACUUUGGAGGUUCACAGGAUCAACUAAACACCGUGGGGCGCUUUGAGCGGGAGCGUAAAAUCUCCAACACCAGUCUGACAUCUAUAGAACCGGUCGUACCGGCGAGAUCUUCGUUGGCGGAUGCCCGUGGGUCGAUACAGUUUGGAUACGACACAGACUCGGGUAACGAGAAGCAGGACCGUGACACCGAAAAACUGCCUGGAAGUAGCAGUGGCACUUUGCGGCGUCACAACAGUACCACGUUACAUUCCAACAGCAGCCCAAUGAGCCAUUCCGGUGAUGGUAGCAACGCCGGCAGAAGUGGAAGCAAUUCCGUCGAGCGCGAUCUUGUUGAUGGAGAUGGUACGCCUGCAAUGGGAAUGGCAGUCGCAGUGACCGCAACCGUCCCAGACGUUGAGCUAACACCGCGACGGAAAACAUCCUUUGCCACUUUGCCAAAUACUACUACUUGGCAACAGCAAGCCAUAAGCGUACAGAAAAUGGAUGAUGUCGACGACUCGCAACCUCUGGAAGAUGCAUCGAAGAUCUCGACCAUCAAGCUGAAGCUGGAAGAAAAGCGUCGUCUGAUCGAGCAGGAAAAGCGUCGCAUUGAAACUGCCUGGACAAAGCAGCUACAAACGGUUGGCAAACAGGCUUUUUUACAAGCAAUUAGCAAGAGCAAAAGUGGCAGCAAUGUCGCCGGCGAGCCGGAAUCCACCUCGAAAGAAUUGAACGACGGGGCUACGGUAGUAGACGAUGAGAUUGUAGUAGAAAAAGCGGAACGACCAUGUUCCCUCAAGGAUUUGGAAGACCACAGCAAGUAUGAGCAGAAAUGGAAUGCACAAAUAAUCGAACCGAAGAAGACUCCCGAUCUGGAGAACAUGGACCUGGAACAGUAUCAACAAAGCAUUUCGAAAAUGAACUCCAACUUGCACGAUAUUCAGGCGGACAUACAGCGUCUCACCCAGCAGCAGAAUCAAAUCCAAGCCCAAACGCUGCAGGCACAGCAGCUACUGCAUGCGCAGCAGAUAGCCAAUCUGCUAAAUCAGCAGUAUGGAUCACAGCAAAGCAUCCCAGCCAACACGUAUCGUCCGAUGAAUACUCAAAUGUUCGGCUCUAGUCCUCACCUGCCGCAGCAGCAGUCAUCGCCGAUCAAUUACGGGAUGCGUCCACCCAGCCGUGAUCCGUACAAUGCGCAGCACCAGCAGCAGCACACGAUGCAAUACAUCAACGAACAGGGUCAGUACGUUCAGCAACAGGUGAACUAUGGUCACCAUCCGAACAACAACAGCCAUCUAGUGUACAGUCGCGAACAAAGCCAAACGCAGCUUAUUAGUGAACAUAACGGUGGAAAUCAGUACCGGACAAUGAACAAGGAAAGCCACCAAUACUCCUCGAACCCAUACUUGAACAUGGAUCACCACCAGCAGCAGCAGCAGCAACAACAACAACAACAACAGUUCUAUCAUCAAGACUCGAACCACUAUCGGGAUCCGUAUCAGCAACAUCCACCGGAGAUGAAAGACCCGCAACAGCAAUCGCACGGAGGACAAUUUUUCUUGCACGAAAAUAACUCUACUCCUCCACAACCGACACAGCGCCGGACGUGGGCGCAGUCGGCGGCGGCGGCUGGCGUACCUCUGGGUGGAUCUCCGAUCAUAUCUGGCCGUAACGAUAGCUCUAAUAGUAUGGUUGACGUAAACGCCUGGAACCAUGGCCCGAAGGCGAACACUCUGGGUGGUUACAAUAAAUCCCCAGCGCCGAAUAGCGGGUUUUCGCUACAUCACAACGGAGGUGACGGCGAUAGUGGCUACGGCGGUGGUAGUGGUCGUGUCGGCAGCGGUGGUAGUGGCGGUAGUCAACAGUCAUUCCAAAAUCUGUUUGAGGUACAUCAUCCUCACCAUAAUCUUGGUGGUGGUGGCGGUCAAACAGCUGCCAGCCCGCAACACAGCAAGGUGCGCAAUCAAAUCUCGCAGAUGAUGAUCAGCAAUGGAAACAGUCCAUCGGCCGGAGGAAGUCCAAUGAUGGGUGGCGGUGGAGACUAUCGUGACAAUCGGAGUAUGCCACUGUCACCACCAAUCGAUGAUAUGGCACCGCAAAGCAUUUCCUUCAUAGGCGAUGAGGACACGGGAGACAUUGAGAUCAACACAUCGAAGAGCGGGGGGCGUAAUGAUAGCUUUGGCUUACGGCAACAGCACCAGCAACAGCAACAGCUGGACGCACUGUAUGGUAGUAGCAAAGGGAAUGGUGGGCUACGAAACAGUGGCGGUGGAAAUGUACAAGAUCUGGAUAAGCAUUUGAGCAAGCUGAACAUAACUAGCGGUAACCGUACUUACAGAAUACCGUCGCCGACGCGGCCAAGUCUCAAUUCGAAUAGUUUCCAUGACCCACAGGAAGAUGUGAACGAAAAAGGAUUCUACAUCUCAUUUGACAACGAACAGCCGAAAAGGCCAAAGCCACCGUUGCGAACAAAGCGCUCACCAAAGAAGGACAAAUCUCUUGCCAGCGAUUCCAUCGAGGGCGAAAAACGCCGAGACAGUAUGAUCGAAAAGACUUCGUCACGAGCAGAAACCAAUGCCAACAACUUUGGAACGUACAGUGUAAAGACGGCGAGCAGCUUCUCAAGCAGCUUCAACGAGGAACACAACGCGUCGCAUGCGCGGAAGAGCAUUAUCGCCGAUAAUAGUGGCGUGUCGCCGUUCGAGCCGGUGAUGCACAAGGUGAAUGUCGCUGGCAGUGCGGCUGCACCACAGUCCUCGAUGAUGAUGAUGCACCAGCAGCAGAUAAACAUGGAUCAUGUUGGCGAUCGACGGUACACGAUGGAGGACCACUCGAUAAGCGGCAACGGACACUACAGCAGUCACAACAAUAGCAGCGAUGGAUAUGGUAGCGAGACGGAGCGAAAAGCCAAGAUCGUCAUAGAUGUAUCGAACGACCAGACCUCCGUUGAUGAGAUGGAACGGAAAAAGGAAAAGAUUAUGCUGCUCUCACUACAGCGGAGACAACAAGCCGAAGAAGCAAAAGCACGCAAAGAAAUCGAAGCGAUGCAACGACGGGAGAAAGAACGCGAAAAGGAGGAGGAACGGGCCCGCAAGAAGGAGGAACAGUUUGCUCGCCGUCAAGCGAUCCUUGAAGCACAUAAACUCAAGAAAGCCAUCGAGGAAGCGGAGAGAGAAGGAAAGACAAUCGAUCGCGAGCUGCAACUGAAGCAUCAGAUGUAUCAGCAGCAGCUACAUCAAACGGCACAUUCGACCACCCCGACGCCAGUGGCCAAACUACGCACGCAGAAGUUGACCCGUCCCCGACCAAAAACGAUUCACGUCGAGUCCGGCUCGGUUGAUUUGAGUGAAGCGUCCAGUUUGAGCAGUCGGGGCAAGAAGGGUUCCAACUCGAAUUUGACCGGUCUCGGUAUGCAUAGUGCCUCGAACACGAUACGUCGAGAUUACUACCGGGGAUCACAGGAUUCACUAGCAAUCAGAGAAUCACCGGACGAGUAUCCCAGCAGUAGUUCAACGCCGAUCGGACGCCGUGGGUCUUACAAAACAGGAAGAGAACCAGCCACGAUCGAACGGGGCCGCACACUGUCCCGUAUCUCGCUAGCGAAAGGUGCCAAUUUCCGGGGACGUAAAUCAAACUCCCUAAUGAAUCUAUGCGACUCCGACUCCGGAUUGGGUCGGGCGACACCACCGAGGCGAGCACCGUCACCGGGAAUGGGCCCGUCGAGUCGCCAUCUGCCUUCGCCGUCCGGUCCGGGUUCGCUACCACCCGGGUUGAUCACGAAGCGCCGUGGCUUUGACGAUGGUUCCAGCGACAUAUCGUCCAACGCGAGCUCCAUGAUGGAUUACAACGGACCGAGAUUGUACAAGCAACCGGCUACGAAAUCCAACCGAGGCAUCAUACUGAAUGCCGUCGAAUACUGUGUCUUCCCGGGUGCGGUGAACCGCGACGCAAAGCAAAAGGUGCUGGAAAAGAUUGCCCGCUCGGAGGCGAAGCACUUCCUGGUGCUGUUCCGCGAUGCCGGCUGCCAGUUCCGCGCCCUGUAUGGCUACUGGCCGGAGAACGAGCAGAUUAUCAAGCUGUACGGUACGGGCCCGAGCCAGGUCGACGAUGUGAUGUUCGACAAGUUCUUCAAAUACAACUCGGGCGGUAAAUGUUUCACCCAAGUGCACACCAAACACCUCACCGUAACGAUCGACGCGUUCACGAUACACAACUCGCUGUGGCAGGGCAAGAAGGCGAACUUGCCGAGCAAAAAAGAUAUGGCACUGGUGAUUUGAGGGCCGCGCAAUGUCCGGAGUCCU